AUUCUCACCGAGAACUCUGACGAAUCGGUUUCCUCUAUAAAAGCGGUCUUCUAUGCGCCGUGUUUACUCAGUUUGAAACAAGUGUUUCGAGGAAAAUGCAGUCCGCGAAAGUGAUCUUUGUUCUGUCUUUGACCCUGGCCGUUGCCUUUGCUAACCCGAGGUUGCCGCCCGGUGCCCCGAAACCCCUGGAUGGAGAGGAUUUGUCCAAGGCAAAGGAACUCUUGAACACCACCCUCGCCCAACUUGCCACAGCAGAUGGCCCCAAUUACCAAGUACUGAAUGUGAUCUCGGCAUCUAGCCAAUUGGUCGCUGGCACGCUGCACAAAUUCGAGGUGGAGCUGUCCAACGGAUCCGAGACCAAGGAGUGCACCGUUAAGAUCUGGGACAGACCAUGGCUGCACGAGAAGGGAGAGGCCACCAAUGUGAAGGUUCAGUGCAAAGAUGACGCGUUGGUUGAAAAGACCUGGUAAACCGUAUUUGCAGUGCUAACCCAUACAAUUUUGCUCGAGAAUUUAGAAAUGGGACAAUAAAUGUUCGAUGCACGCAUACUUUGGUGAAUCCCAGAAA